AAUCCACUCAUCAUAUUUGCAUUUACACAUCACAUCCAAACACAUUUUUAAAAAGUCAACAUCAAAAUGCACUCAUUUUAAAUCUUUUAAAAAUCAAAACAAGAGAUAUUUUGUGGGACGGAGAGUGUAUUAGAGACUAAACGAAAAGGACUUCGGCCUCUGCGAUCACGUGGUGAAUUCUAUGUGUACGGCCUACGUGGCUGAAUCCUCGUCAAAUAAUGUGAUCCCCGCCGCCGGCGCCGCCGCCGACGACCCAUACCCGUUUUCACCUAUAGCCAUUGACCCUCUUCAUUUUCCGGCUAAUUUCUUUUUUGGAACUGCCUCGGCGGCUUAUCAAGUGGAAGGAGCUCACAAUAGAAGCGGUAAAGGACCCAGUAUUUGGGACACAUUUUCUCAUGAGCAUCCAGAAAGGAUUACGGAUGGAAGCAAUGGAGAUGUUGCAGUUGAUUUUUAUGAUAAGUAUAAAGAAGACAUCAAGAUAAUGAGCAGUGAACUUGGAAUGAAUGCCUUCAGAUUCUCCAUUUCAUGGCCAAGAGUGAUCCCUAGUGGAAGGGUUAGCGAAGGAGUGAACGAAGAAGGCAUCGCAUUUUACAACAGUGUCAUCAAUGAUUCUAUAGCCAACGGAUUGGAACCAUUUGUGACAAUAUUCCAUUGGGAUGUUCCUCAAGCCUUAGAAGACAAGUACGGUGGCUUUUUGAGCCAAAGAAUUGUGUCUGACUACAAGGAUUUCGCGGAACUUUGCUUUCAACGAUUUGGGGACAGGGUGAAGCACUGGAUCACAUUCAAUGAGCCAUAUGAAUUCAGCAUGGGCGGGUGGGAAUCGGGUUCGUCCGCCCCGGGGAGAUGCUCGUCAUGGGUGAACCGGGCAUGCCAAGCCGGUGACUCAUCCACAGAACCUUAUAUCAUUGCCCACAAUCUCCUCCUCGCCCACGCCCACGCUGUCAACUUAUUCAAGACUAAGUAUCAAGACUUAGAUUCCACGCCCAAGGGCAAGAUUGGGAUAACACUGGAUGUGACAUGGAGUAUACCUCUUUCUGAUAGCCACGAAGACAUUGAAGCAGCUCAUAGGAACCUUGAUUUCACUUUUGGCUGGUUUUUGGAUCCUAUAGUAUAUGGUCAUUAUCCAAUGACAAUGAGGACGUUAGUCCCUAAACGAUUGCCUGAAUUUACAUGGGACCAGAAACAGAUGUUGAAGAACUCAUAUGAUUUUGUUGGCAUUAACUCUUACACUUCAACUUAUGUCUCUGCCAAUUUUACCCCCGACCCUAAUCCAAACCAUAUUAGAGUUUCAACUGAUAAGCGUGUUACUUUAUCAGACUAUAAGAAUGGUAAACCCAUUGGUGAACAGGCUUCUCCAAGUUGGUUGUAUGUGUACCCAGAAGGAAUUCUUGAUGUUCUCAAAUAUACCAAAGAUACCUACAAAAACCCAAUAAUCUAUAUCACUGAAAAUGGAAUUGGUGAUCCCUUAGAUCUCUCUCUGCAAGAUGCAGCCAAGGACACGUGGAGGAUAAACUAUCAUGGUCGUCAUCUUCUCUAUAUUCGCCGAGCCAUUUGCGAUUACAAAGUAAGGGUGGAAGGUUACUUUGUUUGGACAUACGUAGACAACUUGGAAUGGUCAAGCGGAUAUACCAUAAGAAUGGGUUUAUACAAUGUAGACCGCAGCACAAAAGAGUUGACAAGAAGUCCAAAGUGGUCAGCUAAGAUAUUCCAUGAUUUCCUGAAUAGAAAUGGCCACUCCGGUGGAGGAGGUCAAGGUGAGGGUGGUGGUGAUGGAAUUCUUCCUGAUGCUUGCAGAAGAUUAAUACCAAUACGUCCCAAAACUGUUACACAUGAUGAACUUUAAAUAAGUAGUUCCAGUCAUUUGGCAGUGUGCCUGCAUGUUAUGUGUGUGUCUUGUGUUGUACAAUAGAAUGAUAUCUGUUUGAAUAAAUAAUCAUCAUAAUUAUUAUUGGUAAUUAAUAAAACCUUCUAUCAAUAUGCAAUGAGAUCUACUAUGCACAUUGUUUUUGUCUAUUUCUUUUGAAUAAUUGGAUUACAUAUUG